AUGGCCGCACCGCCCCGGCUGCUGCUCUGCCUGGCUGCGCUGCUGCUGCUGCUCCCACCGGCCAUUUUGUCAUCUUCCUCGGACCCGCUGACUUCUGCGCAGGAUGAAGCUGUCACGAAAGCAAACGUGCUGGGAUUAAUUGAUGACAUCACCAAGCCUGAGCCUACUCUUUCUCCAGGGCUAGAGGAUGAGUCAGUCCUGGCAACCCCCUCUGUGCCAAGCUCAGUGCCUGAGAUCCAGGAGGGGCCCCUCAGUGCCACGUUGCUGCCCUCCAGUCCCCCUGCCCUUGAAGAUGGCAUUCCCAGACAGCAGGGAGAGCGAAAAAAACCCUCAGUGAGUUCAGAGGAGGACACCGGGAGAGGCUGUGAAGGGGGUUUGCCCCUGGAGAAGACGCACGUGAUCGCCGAGGCCAUGUUCAAGUUCACCGAGGAUCUCGUGCGAGAAGUGGAGCUGGAGAAGGGCCGAGACAACCUUUUCCUCUCCCCGCUCAGCAUCGCUCUGGCGCUCGCUCACUUGGCUCUCGGUGCUGCCAAUCAGACGGAGAAGGCUUUGCUGCGGGCUCUGCACCUGGCGGAUGUGCCCUGCCUCCACCAGACUCUGAGGCAAGUUCUCCAACAGCUCGACCAGUCGAUGCUCAGCUUUGCUGCCCGUCUUUACCUCGCAAAAGGAUUUCAGGUUAAAGAAGCAUUCCUGGAGGACUCGGAAAGGUUCUACAAAGCGAAGCCGGUCACCCUGUCUGGUAAAGACGAGGAAGACCUCAAGGCCAUCAACAGCUGGGUGAAAGAAGCCACUAAGGGACUCAUCCCUGAGAUCCUGUCUGAGCUGCCCGCCAACAUCGUCAUGAUCCUGCUCAACGCCGUGCACUUCCACGGGUUUUGGAGGACCGAAUUUGAUCCCAAAAUGACUAAGCGGGGCGCGUUUCAACUGGACGAAGAGUUUUUGGUCUCUGCCGAGAUGAUGAAGGCUUCAGAAUACUCCCUAAGCCGGUAUUCUUUGAAUUCCUUGAAUGCUCAGGUUGCCAGGUUCCCCUUCAAGGGCAACAUGAGUUUUGUAGCUAUUGUGCCCAUGGUCUUUGGAAGGAACGUCUCCCAGCUGCUGUCUGAGGUCAGGCCAGCCAGUCUCCUCCGCCGCUUCCCCAGGGAGAGGCCAACGAUGGUGAAGAUGCCCAAGAUGCACCUGGAGUUCCAUCUGGAGUUGAACCAAGCCAUCAGCCAGUUAGGCCUCGGGGAGCUGUUUUCCUCCCCGAACCUCAGUCGCAUCGCAGAUGGACCCCUUGCUGUCUCCAGUAUCCAGCACAGCUCUGCCCUAGAGCUUGCGGAGUCCGGGGUGGAGGCCGCAGCGGCGACCAGCACGGUGAUGUUCCGCUCGUUCUCCUCUUUCAUCAUCGACCGGCCUUUCCUCUUUUUCAUCUUGGAGGACACGACGGGCAUCCCCCUCUUCUUCGGCAGCAUCCUGAACCCCAACCCCGGGGCUCCCAAGCAGAGGAAAAAGCAGGUGGAUCGACCUGGCAAGGGACAUCUGGCUCACAACAGAAUUCCUAAAUAA